GAUGUUUUUUCACAUUUCAGAAUACGAAUUGUUAAUGAUUGGCACCUAGAUGACUCGAUCUUUAUAUCAGCGUUGAACCGAACCUUCUAUCCGCCGGUACCAUGUCUGGCCGAAGCACAAGAAAGAAAAAGGCUCCGCCUAAGCUAAUCGAGGCGGAGGAUGAAACCCCGAAAGCCUCACGUUCUCGAAAGUCCAAUGUUAAAUCCAGAGUGAGUUCGCCGGAAUCUCGUCCGGCCACCCCGGCUCAGGCCUCCGGGAAACGGAAGCGUGGCCGGCAGCCUGGAUCUACCUUCGUUUAUAAGAAGAAGGAAGCAAGUGGAUCGUCAACACCUCUUAAUAGGAAUAGCCGGGCCUCUAGUGUAUCCUCGACGGCAAAGAAGAAAUCGCACAAGAAAUUAAAACUUAAAACCAAACUUGGUCGCGGAUAUAAUCCCAACCUAGUUAAUUACAAGGAUUCGGAAUAUCACUACGGCAGUGAUUUUGAAGACCAGGGAUACAACGAAGAAAAUGAAAGUAUAAAAUCCAGUGACUCUGAUGUAAGUGAAAUCGAGUCGGUUUCGGACGAUAUGAAGCCAGAAUCCGAUGUUGAGCUUGAACCCAAUCUGCUCGAAGAAGAUAUUUUUACCCCGGAACCUUUCUGGCUUCAAGACCCGGCUGAUAUACCUGAAUUAAAGCUUCCAGAUUCAUCGGAUGACCUUCCUGUGUCAAAAACCGAAGCGUUGGAGGCCAUAUCAAUCUACGAAGUUUUACGACAAUUCUACAAGAUAUUGCGGCUUUCCCCAUUUAGAUUCGAAGAUUUCUGCACGGUUUUGAAGAACGAGGAACAGUCAAAUCUACUCUCCGAGAUACAUAUUUGCCUUCUGAAAGCUCUGCUACGUGAGGACGACAACCAACAAGUUCAAUACGGACCUCUGGACCAAAAAGACUCCAUGAACGUGUUCCUGUACAUCAUAGACUCGGUGACAUGGCCGGAGAACUUGAAAUUCUUCCUGAGCGUCGACCCUGAGAACAAUCGGGAGGUCAUCGAUAUAUUAAAUAGUUGUGAAUAUCCAUUCACUUCGGUGGAAAACAAGCUGAAAGUAUUAAAACAAAUGACAGAUCUUUUACUCAGUACGUCGGCCAUUAGAGAUGAUUUGCUUAACGAAGGAUCUAUGCCUUUAGAAGACCAUUGUCGGGUUUGCCAUAGACUGGGCGACAUGGUUGUAUGUGAGCAUUGUAAUGGACCCUUUCACGGGACUUGUCUGGACCCUCCUCUGUAUGAGUUCCCGGAUGAGGACUGGGUGUGUCCAGUGUGUAUCAACAACAUGGUGGACGGAGUCUACGACAGCCUGAGCACCAGCGUGGGGUCUUGCAGGAUUGAGUCCUUAGGGACGGAUCGGCACGGGAACCAGUAUUGGUUCUCUUGCAGGAGAUUGUUCGUUCAGGGGAGAGAAGGAGAUGCAUGGUACUACUCAACUCGGGCUCAGCUGACAGAACUGCUGGAAGUACUGGACGGAGAACUCUAUGAGAAACAGGUCUACGAUGCUAUUAUCUCUCAGAGGGAGGAUAUGGAGGAGAAAAUGGAUAUCACAGAGAAACUAACAUCGGAGAAGAAUGUUGGAAAUAGAAGUUCCUAUUUUGACAUGGAUAAUAAUAUUCUUGACAAACUACAGAAGGAGAGGAAUGACAUAAAAGAUCAUCAAGAGAUGGAAAGGAGAAAAAUCCAGGAGGAUAUAGAUCGUCAGAUUAGAGAGGAGGACGAGGAAAGGAGUAUUGCAGAAAAGGAAAAAAUAAAAAAAGAAAAGCGGGAAAAACUUGAGAAAAUCCGCAAACAGAGGGAGGAACGAAUUUUGAAAAGGGCAGAAAUGCGUGGGGACGGAAACCCCGAGGAUGAUAUUCCAGAUCAAGAACUUCUUGAAGAAGAAGAUGAUUUAGAACAAUUAGAACAGGAAAUAAAAGAAAUGAAUGAUUCUACUCCUGCUUCGUUUGCUCAGAAAACCGCUCCCGUGGUUUAUACUGGUCCUAGGGAACUCAAGAAAGGAACUAUGCCACCAGGAAACUAUUUCCGGCUUGGUGAGGAGAACACGUACAAGAGCUAUGUGAACCAGUUCUCUAUCCACACCCAUGCGCUGAGCAGGAUCCAGGUUAAGGAGGAGAUGGAGAAGAAGAGCAGACUCAGUCACAAGUUCAGUCUCACCGACGUUUCUACGUUUAAAUGGGUCGGAAGUCAGUACGGUACGCGAACCCAGCUGGCCGGCACAGUACGACAAAGUAUCCUACAGCUUGAGACAAAUAUUCCCAUUGCUUUCAUGCACACUAAUUGGACUUUGCUAAGGAAGCCCUGGAUCCAAGCAGUUACUAACUGCACCAGCCCUGGAAAGGAUUUUGCCCGCGCCUUGACCGUUUUGACAUGCUGUAUUAAGCCAUGUAUCCUCCUGCCCGUCUGGACCGAUGUGCUUGGUCAUACUGUCGUCAAAAAAAUUGGAUAUCAAGGUAAAGAGGAGAAGAAAAAGAUGGAGAAGAGAGAGAAGAAGGAGAAGGAGGAGGAGGAAGAGAGAUUGCGCCCUUACAUGACAUGGGUUAAGUACACGCUCCCAGUAAGGUCCCUAAGCGUAGUUCGACAGAAGGGAGAGGAGUACAGAGCUCAUGGAAGAAAUGGAUGGCUUUGGAUUUCAUCCACUAGAAAUUUCAAUCCGAAGAGUGCUAGCACACUGGGUCACAACCUGGGCCCGCAUCGCGUGGCUGUUAAGUAUACAGAGCUGAAGACUAACACAAGCAAAGUUGUCCUCAUGGAACCUAAAGCUUUCAAAUUUCUAAUGCAAGUACAGAAGGAAAAGGAUGAUAAGGCUCUAGCUAGAGCCGUUGCAGGGGAGCCAGAGCCACCGAAACAGAAUGGUCGUGAGGUGAUAGAUGUCGAGAAAUCUGACGAAGAUCGACGAAGAGAGAGUCUGACAAAUAUUCUUGAACAGUCAAGGCUGGAUUUGCAGGAGGCUGGAGAAGAUGAUCUAGGCGGUGUUGAUGGUGUUGUUGAUGUAUCAGCAGGGAUUGUUAACCCUACAAGACUACUCUAUCCCAAAACUGCGAAAAAGGGUAAACUUGAUGAUUUACUAGGAAGGAGAAUACAGCUUAAAAAUGUCGAAGAGAAAAGGUUUGAGCUGGAUGGUUCUAAAGUGGACACAGAGGCAGAGAAAGAUACCAAGACAACGGUUACCAGUGAUAUUUUCACGGAAACUCAGACCCAGAGUUUGGAAGCUUGGAUUAAGCAGUCAAAACAUUCCUUAACUUCUGCAAUAUCCACUCUUCUCAAUCUCAAGUCAAGGAGAUGUUACUCUGCUCUGUGUAGACUAGAGAACCCCUCUACCUGCUAUAGUACCGAGUGUAGAGCACGAGACUCUGUGGGCAUCCUACUCCAGGCGUCUCAAACCUACACCAAGCUAUUAGUUGAACUCAACCAGAAGGAGAACUCCGAUCUCAAGAUGGAAGAGGAGGAGGAGGAUGAGGAGAAGAAAUUCGAGAACGUUGACUUGGCUUUAACCAAACUUAACCAGGUUCUCGCAAGGUUAAAGAAGAAAGAAGAUGAGGUGAAUGAUCCCAACUCUCUUCAAACCAUCUCAACCUUAUCGGAUAAAAGUAAAACUGCUCCGGAAUCCGUAUUGAAGAGCGAACUGGAAGGAAACUCGCUUGAAAUCAAACCCGAACUCCAAUCCUUGAAGAAGGAGAAAGAUGUGAGAAGAACAUUUUCAAAUCCUGACACGUCCCAGCCUCUCUAUCUCAAGCGGAUACAGACACUUGCAGAUGCGAAGCGUCCGAGUAGGAUUGUUAAAUAUCCUUUGGCUCCAACCUUCUGGUCAAAAGCUCAUAACAAGCGGAAUAUUUUGAUCCAGAGUAAACAUGAUCUCCGCAAGUUUGCUAGAACUGGAGGGUUAUACACAGGAGACGGAUACAAUUACAAUUCCAAAGCCAACCAAGCAGUUUGGCCGUAUCCAUGUCCCAGGCCGACCUUUAAGACUGCCUGGAUGUUCCGUACCGCCGGUAUGACAUCACUACACAGUGUUGCAAUGCAACUACGUAUUCUUUGGAUGUGCAUAAGAUGGGAUGAUAUGAGUACCAAACCACCGAACCCAGACGCCAAAAACCAAAUAACCACCGACAAUGAGAUAGUUACCACAGAGAUUCUUAAACAUAGAAACAAGGGACGGUUUCUAGAACAGACCCAAUAUUUCCAGCGUCGUGUCUCUAUCCCUCUAGAUCAACCCAGAAAGCAGGUUGACUAUUCUCCGAUCAGAUCCGGACUCCGGAAACGGAAGAGGGUUGAAAGUCCGGUGCAAGCAGAACCUCAAGUUGAUGAGAAGUGGAUUGAUGAGAAUGAAUUAGAACUCUGGGAGAUUAAAGCCUACAAACAGAAGAUAGAACGUGACCGCGACUCCGCUGUAACCCGGAGACAGGCCGGAACCAAUAUUAAAGCUCCGGAGAAGUAUGAUCCCAGUGAGGAGAAAAAGAAACCUAGCAGUGCUGAUAUGAAGGCUAAGAUUGAUGUUCAUAUUAAGGAGCAAAGAGAAGCUUACAAAGCCAGAUCAACCACUCCUGAUCUACCCAACAGUAAACCAAGCUUAGCUGGGGUAGGGGAGAGAAGAAUAGGAGACAAUAUAAUCAAGAUCGUUGCAACCAACACGUCUAAUCCCACCUAUACCAACGUUAUACCUGGAGCUAAGAAGAUAUUUAUUUCUCGGGACGGAAAAAUCAUUGGUCAUCAACUAUCCACCACUUCUACUCCGCCAGGGAAAAUCGCAAUUGCCCCGGCCACCUCCAAACCUACCUUAGCGGCGGUGGCACCGAUUCAAGCAACACCCCAGCAAAAAGUACAAAUAGUUAAAACCGCUGACGGCAAAAUUCAAGUUCGCGGAUUACUUCCCGGUCAACAGCUAGUGCAGAUGCCGGACGGAAAGUUGCAGAUUUUUAGCAACCCCCCGGGUGGAGCCACGCCGGGUAUCCGCCUCGCGAGCUCGCCGGUUAAAGUUUCCUCUCCUGCCCCGGUGACUAGCCAGUUCCAACUUCUACCAAAGCCGAGUACCUCUGUUAUCCAGAACGCGAAAACUUUUACGAUUCAGAAACCAAACACUGUUACCCCGAUCCAGCCUAAACCCAGUAUUACAGGCAUUCAGCACAACCCCGGUAUAACUAUGCAAGCUAACUCUCCGAGACUGCAGCUUAUCCAACCCAACACACCUGGAGUUAUUCAACCCAACACACCUGGAGUUAUCCAACCCAACACACCCGGAGUUAACCAGGUUCAGGCCGCAGGGCCGACUCCCUCUCCAGCCAAACAAAAUACUCUUGUAGGCAUUCAAUCCCUCGGACAGAACACGGUUUCAAUCAAGGAUGGUCAGUUAAUAGUUCAAGGUCCUGAUCAUGAAGCAGCUACAGCAAUAGCUCGACAGCUAGCUAGCGGUCAAGCCAAGCUAGCUAACCUUGGCGGGAAACAGGUCUUGUUGAUAACCAAUCCUAAUCAAGUAAAAAUUGAGACAUCACAACCACAACAACCGCCUUCCACAGAUGCACAACUGCUCAAUCAACAACUAACUACCUCACAACAACCACCGCAACAGCAGUUUGUUUCACAACAACAGGUCAUCACGUCACAACCACAGAUAUCAACACAACAGCAGUCCCCGCAGCAGUUGAUGAGUCCACAACAGUUUGUUAAUCCACAACAGGUUCACAACACUAGUCCACAACAGGUCCAACAUCAGCAACAGCAGGGGCUGUUGUCCGUCACACAGCCCUGCACUCCAUUGACUGUGACUGCACAGCUGGCGCAGACACCACAAGCCACCGACAAUGAGAUAGGUCUCCAAGGUGUAAAUCUAACUCAAGAGCAACUUCAGAUUAUCCAACAGCAAGUAAAGACUCAGCUGCUGAAGCAGCAAGCUCUGGCUAGACAGCAGGGCAAGGUGCCUCCUACCAAGGUGACUCUGGAGCUUUCAAGAGAGAUGACGAGCUCAUCAAACCAGCUGAGCAGUCCAACCCAGAUAUCUAACAAUCUGCCCUCGGUGGGCGGAAUCGCUACGUCAGGAAUGGGAGGAGUCAGUUUGCCUAAUACGCCCGGCCUUCAGGCCAGAGUUGAGAAUACCUCACAGCCUUCAUCCAUACAGAGACAAGAAAAAUCAAAACCCAAAAUUCAAACAGUGAGUAACCUACCAGAAAGUGUGAUUAGACAAGGAAAAUAUGUGAUCAGAGACGGGAAAAAGAUCUUAGUACUCCCCCAGCAGGCCAUGCUGGAGUACAAGGAGUCCUUGAAGCACCAGGAGUCCCUCAUCCAGCCUCAAUCUGAUCUUAGUCCUCAAGGAGAUCCAAAACUCCUCUCUCCGGCAGAACCGGAGAAGUUUGAACUAACGGACGACUACAUCCAGCAGACGAUAAAGGAGGCUCUGCAGGCCGGGAACCUGACUCCCGACCUCCAGGAGAAACUGAUGAAUCAGUUGGACGACGAGGACUUCAAGGCGAAGAAUGUUAAGGGGAAGAGGGGGAAGAAGAAGCCGGUUUAUGAUCCUAUCUCCGGAGAAAUGAUGGAUGAGGAAUGGCAACCCUUAUCCUGGAAGAGUAAGCAGACUGUUCCUGCUCCCAGAGAGAAGAUAAGAGAACCUGAACCUGAAUUUACCCCGUCCUUGAAUAUGUAUCCUAGUGGGGCAGGAACCAAGAAGGCAAAGGUGCGGGGUGGAACCCAUCCCAGCUAUUUAGAGGAGAGGCGGCGUAUUACCUUUUCUCAGAACAAGCUGACCAGCCUACUCUUCAAGCAUAAAGAACAACUAAAGAAGGAUAUUGCCAAGAAGAGAAGUGUUCUAGAACGAGAAUUAUCUUUAGAUAUAUCCAAGGAGGUUGAGAGUUUGAAGAUGAAAGCUAUGAUGAAGUUAGGAGCUGAAAGCGCGGCAAUGAUGCGCAAACGAAAACCGGAAGAACAAAGCUCAAUUAAGUCGCAACUCACUGCCUCGCUAUCCACAGCGCCUGUGCCUCAUAAGAAAAGCCGGAAAUCGGAUAAAGAUGGAUCUGGGGACCUGAAGUGGACGAAGGAUCGUCUGUACUGCGUGUGUAAGACGAAGUACGACGAGACUAAGUUCUAUGUAGGAUGUGAUGUCUGUUCAAAUUGGUUCCAUGGAUCAUGUGUCGGGAUUACUCCCAAAAUGUCAAAGAAACUGUCAGAGUACAUAUGUGACGAGUGUACAAACGCGAAAGAAGGAACCGAAAUAUAUUGUUUAUGUAAGCAACCUUACGACGAGGCUAGAUUUUAUAUUGGUUGUGAACAGUGUCCUGAUUGGUUUCAUGGCAGAUGUGUUGGCAUUCUGCAAUCAGAAGCUGGCAGCAUUGAGAUGUACGAGUGUCCUCGCUGUAACCCAGGAUCUAGGAUUAACACAGCAAAUCUUAGAAAACUACGAGCUCAAGAUCUAGAGAAUAUAAAGAAACUAUUUAAACAAAUACAAAGUUGCAAACACAGCCAGCCCUUCCGUACACCAGUAGACAAGAAAACCAAUAAGAAAUACUACUCAGUUGUUAAAGAACCAAUGGACUUGGAAACCGUAGAAAGGAAGCUGAACGAAUAUAACACUCUGGCAGAGUUCCUUGGAGAUAUAACAAGGAUUGUUGAAAACUGUCGCUACUACAACCCCCCUGGAACCCCAAUCUCAAAAACUGCAGAAAACCUGGAGCUGUUUGUAUCUCAGAAACUUGGAGCAAUUCGUGACAAGAUGCUCCAGAAAUAAGUGGAGUGCUCCCAAAAGUUGGAUAAUGAUGUAAUU